AUGGUGAGGAUGUGUCAUUCACUGCAAGUCAUGGGUGGUUUAACCGCUCAAGCAAAUAACUUGCAUAACGUGAAGGUGUCUGGUGAGGCGGCGAGUGCAGAUGUUAAGGCAGCUGAGGAAUUCCCAGGAAAACUAGCAGAAAUGAUCUGCCAGGGAGGCUACACACCACAACAGAUUUUCAAUGUGGAUGAAACUGGCCUCUACUGGAAAAAGAUGCCUGACCGAACUUACAUCAGUAAGGAGGAAAAGACGAUGCCUGGCUUCAAAGCUGCAAAGGACAGACUGACACUACUGCUUGGGGGUAAUGCUAGUGGUGAUUUAAAAUUAAAGCCCCUACUGGUGUACACCUCGGAAAACCCACGAGCCCUGAAAAACAUUGCCAAGGCGUUUCUUCCAGUUGUGUGGAAGAGUAACUCUAAAGCUUGGGUCACACAGGCAAUUUUUCAGGAGUGGUUUUAUAAUCAAUUUAUCCCUGAGGUGGAGAAGUAUUGUCGGAGCAACUCCAUUCCAUUCAACGUCCUCCUGGUGCUGGAUAACGCCCCUGGCCACCCACCUUACCUAGAUGACUUUCACCCUAAUGUCAAGGUUGUCUACCUGCCACCCAACACAACCUCCAUUAUACAACCUAUGGACCAGGGAGUCAUCGCAACGUUCAAAAAAUACUAUCUAAGGCGCACUUUCCGCCAGGCACUGAAGGCAACAGACGAGAAUGAUAUGACUCUGAGCGAAUUUUGGAAGUCAUAUAACAUCUACAAUGCCAUAAAAAACAUUAAUACCUCCUGGUGGGAAAUUACAACCACCUGUAUGAAUGCCGUAUGGAAAAAGCUCUGCCCUCAGGUUGUUCAUGAUUUCACUGGGUUUGAAAAUAUUCAGGAGGAGCAGGAGGAGGUUGUUGACAAUUUAAUCUCCAUGAGUGAGAAACUGGAGCUAGAGCUGAAGGAGCAGGACUUAACAGAGUUCUUUGAUGACCAUGACAAGGAGCUAUCUAAUGAUGAACUAUGA